AUUGGCGGGAGCAUGGGGCAAGGCGGGAGCGGGAGCGGGAGCGGGGCUGACUAGAGGCAGGAGGAAGAGAGUAGGAAACAAAAAGAAGCCAUCUGUAGCUCUCGCCAUGAAGGCAGCGACGAUAUGUGUCUUUGCGCUGGUGCUCCAUGCUGCCAGUCCCUCGCGCUUGCCGCAGAACAGUCUCGCACCCUCUACUCGAUCUGCCAUGAUGGAGCAGGAAGAGAUGAAGCCAUGGGAUAUAGCGCUCCAGGAAAGCAGGAAACAGUUCUUCCAGGAAGCAGGAUCGCAGAUCAGCUUCCUCGAAAAACGAGCAACCAUAGAGCCGAUCUUAGCGCCGAGUGCCAGUGCUCAUGCCUUUGCAGAGCAAGCGAUCGCAUCAGAUGUUGGGGUGGAGGAGAUGGAGCAAGUCCUGCAGGACAUGAUCGAUGACGAGAACAAGACGUUCGAUUAUGCUCAACUUAAGUUCAUCGAUGUCUUCGAUCAAUGCAUACAGAAGACGGGUUCGCCGCCCGGUCGCAAAGCCUACAACUGUCUCGUGAACGCAGCUGAGCUCGUGGCAUGGAGAGGAGAUGACGACUGCCAGAAGAAAGCUCUACGCGUUAUAUACACCAUGGAGAGGCUCGGAUGUUGGCCGGACGUCACUACCGUCAACUGCUUUUUGCGUGUGAUGCGAGCAAGUGCUGUCCAGGGAAUGUGCGGAUGCAGUGAGAUGGAUCGGACUCUCGAGUAUUUUACGAUGACCAAGGAUCAUGCAGAAGCGAUGAUAGGAAGGAUACCGUACAAGGAAUGGUCACCCCCCGUUGGAGCAGGCAGGCCAGCGAUAGAGCUGGAUACGACGUCGUUGAACCUGGUGCUGGAGAUAGCAGCCCACGCGGCCCUGAUGUUGGGUGCGGCUGCGCAGGCGCUCUGGCAUUGCAAAGAGGACUCGGCCAUCGUAGAAAAGUAUGUGCACGAAUUUCCUAAGCACAAAGUUAAGGCGGACGUGGGGACCUUGGAAGCGAUCUGCCUCUCGGCGUUCGCUGCUAGCAAGACAACCGGCUUGAUCUUGUGGGACGUCGAGCGCCUCCUGGCCAUGGUUGACUCAUGGCAGUUUAGGAUGGAGAAUUCGGUCUACACGACUAGCACCAUCGGGAAGGCCUCGUCACAGAACUUUCUCACCUCAGCAGACCCCGACGUUUUCAGCGCAUGGAUGCUCGUGGCGAUGAGGGAGGCGUGGGAGAAAGGAGACGAUCCUGGGGGAGAAGGAGGAAGCGACGAAGAUCUCGACAGAGUCUUUAUGAUCCAACAGCAAGCAAAGAGCCGCAACCUGGAGGAGACGGAGGAGAUGAAGUCGUUGCUGCGAGAGGCUAAAAUCUUGUGGAGCAAGAGAGAACAGAAUCGAAAUGCUCGCAGAGUCAACGAGGAGAUGAAGCAAAAGUUCGGGAAGGAAAGAGGAGGCGUGGUCAAGAUGUUGAUGGGCGGCAAGACGGACAUGCAAGACGUUCCAGACUUAUGGAAGACAUUUUGA